GAGGCUUCACCGAGCAUGGUCACAAGACGUCACAGCUCAGCAGAAGUUCAUGCGAACGUUCACCUAACUCUGGCUGCGGGCAAGCAACGCGUUGGUGAGUCUCAGAACGCAUCCACCUCACAUGGUGUGUUGUCCACUGUCAGUACUCCGUCCUCUGUCAAUCGACGCCCAUCAGAUACUGCUAAACGUGGUCGACGGUUUUUCCCCACCAAAACAAAUUCCAUGUUUAUUGGAUCCACAUUUACCGGUCGACCAGACUCGUCAACUGUGGAACGUGGGGUCGGUGGGAUUGUAAUCAAUACGGAUUCGGGGGCACAAUCGAGGCGAAAUGUGUCUGAUAAGGUGGCUGAGGCGCUAUGUCGUGCACCUGUCUCGCUCUCCUCUUCAACGGAAGCGUUCCAUCGGUCGACAGCUUCACCGAAAAAAACCGAGCUAAUCGAAGACAUGUGGCGCAUUCCAUUGUAA